AUGCCUCCGGCGGCUGGGGCGCUGCCCCAGACCCCGUGGCUCCUCUCGCUUCGCUCGAGUCGGGUUUCGGGGGUCCCAGGAGCUCCGCUUCGCGGAGCACAACAGGGUCUGGGGCAGAGCCCCAGCCGCCGGAGGCAGGUGGACCAGGUGGACCCUGGCAUCGGGUUAGGGUCGACAGGGUAUCUUCCCGGACAGCCAGGGAAUGUCCCGUUCCCGGUUGAAACCCGUCCACAGUACUCCUGGGACCCUCCCAAACCCGACUCGAGCGAAGCGAGAGGAGCCACGGGGUCUGGGGCAAAGCCCCAGCCGCCGGAGGCACAUGGCCCCCCUGAGUCGUGCCCUAACCUCCGGAACUGCGGGGGGUAUCCGCGGCUAUUGAAGGAAAAAUUCAUGUGCUCAAGAAGAAAGCCGAAGACUGUUUUUUUUGCAAAUCCAGGGUCCACGGAAAAAAUCGUAGACUGCAAAGACGACUGGAAAAAGAACGGUGCUGGAAACGUGCUAGGUCGAAUCACGGGACAAAGUUUUAAUAUGGCCAGUAAUUUACAGGACCAGGCUGGUGGGUUCACCUCAGUCAACAGUAACCAAGUGGUGGGUCCCGGUGGUGCUCCUGGUGCUGGAGUUGGACCUGGGGGUAUCGUUACAGGUCAGCCUGGUAUUCGAGACAGACAACAAACGAGUUCUCCGCUUGAAAGUAGUAUUACAGGAGGCUCAUCGCGUUCACCAUCGCCUCCUCUACAAUCCUCAGGUGGGGCAAAUCACAGUAACCAACAACAACAGACUUUCAGAAGGACUUAUAAAGCAUGUUUGAACUGUCGGAUUCGGAAAGUCAAAUGCGAUUUCGGCGACCUUGCCAACCCAAAUAAACCUCCAUGUGCAAGAUGUAGACGAGAGGGAAGAGAAUGUCAGCUUGUUCAGAGCAGGAGAGGUGGAAUUCGAAAUAUUUUGGCCGGUCGUGAACGUCGAGCUGCUGAGGCUGCCGCUUUGACUUUAAGUUCUGGCAGUGGUUCUGGUGCUGAUGGUGGUGUUAAUGGUGGUAAUGAGAUCAAUGAAGUUAGUGGAUCUAUGGGUUCGAGUACAUCUGUUGGUGGUGCAGGUUUAGGAAGUGGUGUUUAUGGCGGGGUUGGAGGUAGAAUCGGCGGUGGUGUGGUGGGUUCUGCAAAUGGUGGAUUUGGUGGAUUAAAUGAUGCUGGUGGUAUUGGACCUGGUCAAAAGUCUGGUUCAAAUGCCGGUACAGACGUUAUUUCGAAACGAGAGCUUCAUAAUACAUCGGAUGCUCUAGAGAUUUUGGCACAUGCAGCACGAAGUUUCCCUAAGAUCGGUGGUGCUGGUGGUUCAGGAAACUCGGGUACUGCCAGUCCACAAGGACGAUUUCCUCCAACAGCACUUGCUCCAGGACUGGCUGGUAGUGGUAUUGGUAUUAAUAUCACAAAGAACGGGAAUUUAGGUGCCAAUAAUGGUGCUGGCAACGGUGGCCAGUCGGCAUCUUCAGCACCUCAGCCUCCAAAGACUCUACUUAAAGAUAGUGAUCUGAUAGCAGUAGAGAAAAUUGUAACAGAGGAUGAAGUUCGAGUACUUGUGGAUUAUUUUUUCAACGCGCUUCAUCCAUUCUAUCCGUUUAUUCCUGACGAUUUACACUCUCCUGAUGAAAUUGCUGAUAUGCCAUUGUUACUAGCAGCAGUAACAACAUUGGCAUCUCGGUACUAUGUGCCAGAAAUUGAGCCCCAUCAGACAACAAAAGAAGUCGAAGAACAGUGUUAUGCUAUUCAUGCUAGAUUAUGGGAAUAUACUCAGAAGCUCAUCUCUUCGUCGGUAUGGGCAGAAGCCAGUACCAGAUCUAUUGGUACAGUGUUUGCAUUUUUACUAUUUUCCGAAUGGAAUCCCAGAGCCAUUCACCAACGAUGGAAAGAUUACGCUAACAAUCCUACCGAAAAAGAACGGGCCAAUGUAGCUAGUGCAGGUAGCGAUAGUACAGUAGGUUUAGGAGCAGCUCGACGGUCUGAUCGUAUGGCUUGGAUGCUAAUUGGGUUGGGUAUCCGUCUCGCCCAGGAUCUAGGAUUAAUGGACACCGACCCAAAAGUGUAUUUAGCAACACAUUUGUCAGAAAUUGUGCUUGCUUUGAGAAUGGGACGAAGAUCGAUGUUGGGACAGUUUUUGAACGACCCGAUCCCCGAGCUCAAUUUUAGUACUUUCGAGCAGGCUCGACUGGAGCUUUUACAAAUCAUGUCACUGGCUCAUGAAACAUUGUACUCGUCACGCAAUACUACAAGAGAACUAUUAAAAGAUGGUAAAUUCUUGAACUUUCUGGGGUUGUUCUCACCGCAUCUUGAUAGCUGGGAUCAGAAGUAUAGGGAGAUUCUACAGGAUCCUGCUAACAAGACACCAUCUGCAUCGUCACCAGCAGCACCUCCUGUCAUGGAUAAUCGUAAAACUCUUGACAGAGAGUCGCUAUUGUUUGAUUUCCACUAUAUUCGUCUCUAUAUUUAUUCACUUGCGCUGCAGACAAAUGCUGAAAACACCAGCACUCUGGCAGUAGCGGAAAUCAUUCCUUCUGCAAGGUACGUAGCAUUGGCAACUGAUGCUGCUAAGGAGCUAUUGGCCGUGGCAAUUCGAGUUCAUGGUCUCGGACUGUUACGAAGAGCACCUAUUCGAUGGGUUGUGCGUAUCGUGCAUGCUACCGUUUUCCUUGUCAAAACGCUUAUGCUGAGUACAUCGUUGGUAUCAUUGGAUUCUCAAAAGCGAACUAUCACUCUGAUCAAACGGAUUUCUGUAGUUCUUCUCGAGGCAUCUCCAGAUGAGAUCCAUCUUGCCUCCCGAUACGGAACCAUAUUGGGAUUUUUGGGCAAUCAGCUGUCAGCCAAGUUGGAUACAAAUAACAAGACCACACGAAGACGAGGUCCCAAACAGCGUAAAAUUGAUACCAGUGCCCAAAACAGUGGUGAGUCGUCGAAUGCAUCUCCUACGACCACACCUGCUCCCAGCUCUAAUAUUGGGUAUAAUCAACCCAGCCAAUAUCCUAACAAUGUGGAACCCGUACAAGGAUAUAAAGCUGAGGCAGAGACUGGAGAUCAAAUCCCAGCACCGGAAUUUGAUCCUGUACAAGGCCGGUCGUUGUACCAGCUACAAGAGCAGCAGCAACAACAGCAGCAGCAGCAGCAGCAGCAACAGCAACAACAGGCACCACAGCAAUUCCAGCAGUUCAAUCAAGUCCCACAAUCGAUUCCCGACUUUGAUAUUCCAGACGACGACUCGAUUAAUCUGGCUACGAUGCUGAAUGUCGACUUUGAUUUCCUAAUGGAGGGCACUGAAGGUCUUGGUUUCGUGGAACCGCUCAUGGAGGGAAUCGAGCAACAACAAUGGUCACAGUUGCAACAGCAGCAAUGGAUGCAGCAGCAACAGCAGAUGGCAGGGCCACAAAUGUAA